CAUCAAUCUGGGGCCACCACAGCGAUACUGCGCGACACUCCAUGGCACAUGCAGUAGAGGCAGUGGACGCCACUGCUCAAGCUCCCAAGCGCCGGCGCCUGCGACGCCUCUACCAGGAGGAGGAGGAUGCAACGAUGGCCGUGGAUGAGGUGAAGGAAGCCAAUCCACGGAGUACAGGUGAAGCAGACGGAGCAGACUCAUCAAGGGAGACGGAGCAGAAACCCAAGCGCCCGCACAGGCCCUAUUUGGAGAAGCGGAGCGGUAUUCAAAACAUCACGUGGAACAGAGUUUGCUGGGCAUGGGAGGUGGGCUUUCCCAUUUUCGAACAGAGAGGGAAAAAGAAAAAUGGCUAUACAACUCGUCAGUUCGCACUCAAGAAGUACAUGAAGGAUGGCCACACUGAGAGUGAAGCCGACGCUGCAGCCCUGGAGGCCGCCAAGGCCUUCAGGGCAGAGCAGGUACAAAAGGGCGUUCUCAAAGAGUCAAAGCCCAUGGACAGCAAUUUCCUCAACAAGGUGUUAGGCGUUACUUGGUGGAAAGCUGCAGGAAAGUGGAGGGUGCAGGUGACGGUGCCGACAUCUAGGAAGAGGAUCUCCGGCGGCUUCUUCACCGACAAGGCCGCUGCCGAGAAGAAGGCGCUGGAGAUUGCCGAGGCCCAUGGGGUGAAGCGAACGGUGACGGCUGUGGGGAGCUUGGCGGAUUUAGCGGUCAUCCAGCCGAAGGUGCCCUACCCCAAUGUCACAUGGAGUCAGUUAGGGCAGUGCUGGGUGGCCCAAUGCGACGUCGGCGGUAGCAGGCAAAUUUUCCGAGUGAAGCCAGAAAGCCUUUCAGAGGCCGAGCUUGAAGCUUCCCACGCGAAGGCUGUCGCCUGGAAAAAGGAGCGGGAGAAGCAAAAGGAGGAAGAGAAGCAGGAGAAGGAAAGGAAGAAAACAGAGCAGGAGCCGGCAGAGCCCAGUGCGCCCGCUCCCGCCGCGAAGCCGCGACAGGGCCGCCAGAAGGAUGGCCAGUGCAAGAGCAAGAAGAGCAAGAAGAGCAAGGACACUUUCCAGGAUAGCCUGCAGAACUUGCAGACAUUCCUUGAAAAGAACGGGGUGCUACCAUGGCACAAGAGUCCUGACAAGAGCGAGCGCUUGUUGGGGUGCUUCGUGCAGAAGCUUCGAACUAUGCAGAAGGAGGGAACACUUUCAGCCGAAGGUCUUCAACAAGUGAACUCGUGCUGCCCGCUCUGGAAGGAACAUGGAGAAGCCCACCGUGUGGUACCAGUCGUGCGCAUGGAUGACAUGGACCAGCCAGAUGGACAGGACUCUCACUCCACUCGUCGGCACUUCUUGGCUGCCCGGGCAGCCCUCCAAGUGGCAGCCUGUAAGAGUUCCGACGAGCGCCGGGCAUUGCUCCAGACCAUGCGGAAGAAGUUUCACCCAGACAAAAACGUGGGCAACGAAGACGAGGUGCGGCUCACCUUUGAUUUCAUCCAGUCGAUGUGGAAGAAGGAGUUUGGAGGGAACCGACGGGCGUGAAAAA